UGCAUCUCCCAAUAAAUCCCUUUUAAAUCAGAGAUGAAAAGACUAACCUUUUCUUCCUUGUCUUAUAAAACCUAUCUAAAGCCGUCUCAUUUUUUUAGCCGGUGGAUAUUCUGUUCCGAGGCAAAUCCUAUAUCAUUCAUUAUUCCUUCUUUCUUUCUUUCUUCCGACCGGGGAAAUUGAGUUAACCCAGUUCAUAAAACCUGUCUGAAUAAUUGACAACCCAGCUCAAAAGAUUCAAUUUUUUUAUUUCACUCACCAAAGAAAAAAAAAAGAUUCGAUCUUUUCGACUAGAUAAUUGAAGAAAGAGGAAAGAGAGAGAGAGAACACACAAAGUGGAAGAACAAGAACGAUGAGAGCUGGUCUAAGCACGAUCCAACAGACUCUAACGCCUGAGGCCGCAACCGUUCUAAACCAAUCAAUCUCCGAAGCGGCGCGUCGCAACCACGGACAAACAACGCCGCUACAUGUCGCAGCCACUCUCCUCGCUUCUUCCUCGGGUUACCUCCGACGAGCCUGCAUCCGAUCCCAUCCCAACUCCUCCCACCCGCUCCAGUGUCGAGCCCUCGAGCUCUGCUUCAGCGUCGCCCUAGAGCGUCUCCCCACCACCACCUCGACGACGACGGCUCCGGCGAACGAUCCUCCGAUCUCGAACGCGCUUAUGGCGGCGCUGAAGCGAGCUCAAGCUCAUCAACGCCGUGGAUGCCCGGAGCAGCAGCAGCAGCCGUUGUUGGCGGUUAAAGUGGAGCUGGAGCAGCUGAUUAUAUCGAUAUUGGAUGAUCCGAGUGUGAGCCGGGUCAUGCGAGAGGCUAGCUUCUCUAGUCCAGCCGUCAAGGCCACGAUAGAACAGUCGUUGAGUAGUAAUAAUAAUAAUAAUAAUAGUCCGUCCAAUACGACGUCGGUUCCGAGCGUUUCGUCAGUCGGGUUAAAUUUCCGACCCGGUGGAGGAGGUCCGAUGACCCGGAACACGUAUCUCAACCCGCGUUUGCAGCAGCAUAACGGCCCCGCGUCGGGGCAGCAACCAGGGGUUAGUAAAAACGAUGACGUGGAGGAGCGGGUGAUGGAUAUAUUGGGCCGGGGGAAGAAGAGAAACCCGGUUUUGGUCGGGGACUCGGAGCCGGGUCGGGUGAUCCGCGAGAUCCUUAACAGAAUCAAAUCCGGAGAAGCGGCAGUUAAGAACUCAAAGGUUGUUGUUGUUGUUCACUUCGAGGAGAUCAGUUCGGAUAACGCGGAGAGAAUCAAGAUGUUAGACGGGUUGCUGGAGACCCGGAUGAAGGAUUCGGAUCCUGGAGUGAUUCUCGAUCUCGGAGACUUGAAGUGGCUCGUGGAGCAACCGCAGCCGGUGGCGGUGGAGGUAGGGAGGACGACGGUGGCGGAGCUGAGGAGGCUUUUGGAGAAGUUCCGAGGAAGGCUGUGGUUUAUCGGAACCGCCACGUGCGAGACUUAUCUACGGUGCCAAGUGUAUCAUCCAUCGAUGGAGAAUGAUUGGGAUCUCCAAGCUGUGUCGGUGGCGGCUAAAGCUCCGGCGUCCGGCGUUUUCUCGAGGUUUGGGAACGGUUUGGGAUCAUUCACGCCGACGUUGAAGAGCUUCGUGCCUGGUGGUGCGAACAUGACGUUGAAAUGUUGUCCGGAGUGUUCAAAGAGCUGCGAGCUAGAGCUGUCUGAAACCGAGUCGGUGUCUCAAGAGGUUAAAACAGAAGGAGUAGUAGCUCAGACGAAACAGUUGCCACAAUGGCUAUUGAAUGCUAAACCGGUCAAUCGUGUACCGCAGGCGAAGAUUGAAGAAGUGAAGAAGAAAUGGAAUGAUGCGUGUGUGCGUCUUCAUCCUAGCUUCCAUAACAAGAAGGAGAGGAUCGUUCCGAUUCCAACACCUAUACCGUUGACGACAAGCUCCUACGUUCCCAAUAUGCUUCUCCGUCAGCCGUUACAGCCAAAGUUCCAGCCCAAUAGAGAGUUGCGUGAGAGGGUGCAUUUGAAACCUAUCACCCCUUUGGUAACAGAACAAGCCAAGAAGAAGAGUCCUCCCGGGAGUCCGGUUCAGACCGAUCUUGUUCUUGGAAGAACAGAGGAUUCGGAGACGAGAGUGAGAGACUUUCUUGGUUGCAUAUCGUCUGAAUCAGUAGUACAGAACAACAACAACGAUAAGAUCAGUGUUCUGCACAACUCUUUAGACAUUGAUUUGUUUAAGAAGCUUCUAAAGGGAAUGACAGAGAAAGUAUGGUGGCAGCACGACGCAGCCUCGGCCGUCGCCGCCACGGUUAGUCAAUGCAAGCUAGGCGCCAGGAAACGACGCGGCGUGGUAUCGAAAGGAGACGUGUGGUUACUGUUCUCAGGACCGGACAGAGUUGGCAAGAGAAAAAUGGUGUCGGCUCUGUCUUCUCUAGUAUACGGGACCAGUCCUAUAAUGAUCUCACUCGGUUCGUCGUCGAGACAAGAAGCUGGUGGAGUCCGUGGUAAGACCGUGUUGGACAGGAUUGCGGAAACGGUUAAGAGGAGUCCCUUCUCUGUUAUCUUGCUUGAAGACAUCGACGAAGCGGAUCUGUUGUUGCGUGGGAGUAUAAAACGAGCGAUGGAUAGAGGAAGGAUCUCUGAUUCUCACGGACGUGAGAUCAGUUUAGGGAACGUGAUCUUUGUUAUGACAGCGAGCUGGCAUCGUUCAACGAAGACUUGUUUCUCAGACAACGAGGCGAAGAUGAGGGAUUUGGCGAGUGAAAACUGGCGGUUGAGGUUGUGUAUGCGUGAGAAGUUUGGUAAACGGAGAGCUAGCUGGCUGAUGAGUGAAGAGAGGUUGACUAAACCGAAGAAAGAACAUGGUUCCGGUUUAACGUUUGAUUUAAACCAAGCGGCUGAUACGGCUGAUGAUGGUUCGAACAAUACCAAUACGAGCGAGCUAACAGAUAACAACGAUCAAGAAGAGUUCAGCGGGAAGUUAUCUUUGCAAUGCGUUCCUUUUGCGUUCCAUGAGCUGGUGAGUGGUGUAGACGACGCGGUGGCGUUUCGUGCUGUUGAUUUCGGAGCUGUGAGGCAGAGAGUUUCGGACACGUUGUCGGAGAGGUUCGCUACGGUUGUAGGUGAAUCUUUAUCGAUAGAAGUGGAGGAAGAUGUGCUUCAGAGAAUCUUGAGUGGAGUGUGGUUAGGUGACAUGGAGUUAGAGGAGUGGGUUGAGAAGGCGAUUGUUCCGGUUCUGAGCCAGCUCAAGGCUCGUUUGUCGUCUUCCGGUACUUACGGUGACCGUACAGUUGCUCGGCUUGAGCUAGAUGAAGAUUCCGGUGAACGGAGCGGUGGUGAAUUACUGCCGACUAGUGUUACGUUGGCUGUUUGAGGAAGAAAACAGAGAUGGAGUUUUUGUUAUUAUUAUUGGAAUGGUAGAAAAGUAAAUAUGUCUCAACUGGUUUUGGCGGGGGAUGGUAAAAACAGUAUAAAAAAGGUGUUAAUAGUUUUUUUUGUUCUUUUUAUUUACUUAUAGUUUUUGUGUUUAUGUACGCGGUACGGGAGGGGUGAUUUCUGUAGCAAAUUAUAGCGAUUUAUUUGAUAGAUAAAUAAUGAAGAUUAAUAAAUUUUUAAGUC